UGUAUGCAACGCUGCACAGGGAGUGGCCCAAAAAAGCUGUUCGUGACUGAACGCAAGAAUUUUCUGGUUAGCAGACGACGGGAUGCAGCGGGCGCGGCGCCUGCACCACGCUGGGGGUCCGGGUGUCAGGGCUGGGCUGCUCCGACUCCGCCCGCGGCCACCGUCGGCGCAGGGGGUGCGAGGACCGCGGGGAGGCCCCUCCCCGCCUGCUUCCCGCCGCCCGCUGCCGAGCAGGCGCUCCCUCCCGGCGGCUGGCGCGCCAGCUCCGGACAUCCGUCCCCACCUUUCCGCGAAGCACUGCGCCCGCGGGGCCUGCCUCGGCGGUCAGGUCAGCGGCCUCCAGCCUCGCUCUCCAGUCCCAGCCCGCAGCCGCCGCCGAGCGGAGCGCACCUGACCCAGGCGGGCGGGGCGGCGGGCGGGGCGCGGGGCUGACGUGGCCCGCGGCAUGGAGCGGGCGUGAUUCAUCAGCAGCCGUGCCGGGGCGGCAUGGGGGCGCGCGCGGCGGCCGCCUAGGCGCCCAGGGCCAGGCAGCGGCGGCGUCCACGGCCCGGCUCGCCAGCGCUUCUCUCCCUGUGGGCGGCGGCCCGGCGCCUGGAAGGUCAAGAUGGAAGAGAUCCUGAGGAAGCUGCAGAAGGAGGCGUCCGGGAGCAAGUACAAAGCCAUCAAGGAGAGCUGCACCUGGGCCCUGGAAACUCUGGGUGGUUUGGAUACUAUUGUCAAGAUCCCUCCACAUGUACUGAGGGAGAAAUGCCUGCUGCCUCUCCAGUUGGCUUUGGAAUCCAAGAAUGUGAAGCUGGCCCAACACGCAUUGGCAGGGAUGCAGAAGCUUCUGUCGGAAGAGAGGUUUGUAUCCAUGGAAACAGACUCUGAUGAGAAGCAGCUGCUCAAUCAGAUCCUGAAUGCCGUGAAAGUGACGCCUUCGCUCAACGAGGACCUGCAGGUGGAAGUGAUGAAGGUUUUACUGUGCAUCACCUACACACCGACAUUUGAUCUGAAUGGGAGUGCCGUACUGAAGAUCGCGGAGGUAUGCAUUGAGACAUACAUAAGCAGCUGUCACCAGCGUAGCAUAAACACUGCUGUGCGGGCAACUCUCAGUCAAAUGCUGAGUGACUUGACUUUACAGUUACGACAGAGGCAGGAGAAUACGAUAAUUGAAAACCCAGAUGUCCCACAGGAAUUCGGGAAUCAAGGGUCAACAGUAGAGUCCCUCUGUGAUGAUGUUGUCUCUGUACUCACCGUCCUGUGUGAGAAGCUGCAAGCCGCCAUAAAUGACAGCCAGCAGCUGCAGCUUCUCUACCUGGAGUGCGUCCUGUCUGUGCUCAGCAGCUCCUCCUCCUCCAUGCACCUGCACAGGCGCUUCACGGACCUGAUCUGGAAGAACCUCUGCCCUGCUCUCAUCGUCAUCCUGGGGAAUCCAAUUCAUGACAAAACCAUCACCUCUGCUCACAGCAGCAGCACCAGUACCAGCCUGGAGUCGGACUCUGCGUCUCCGGGAGUGUCUGAUCAUGGCCGGGGAUCAGGCUGCUCCUGCACUGCUCCAGCCCUGAGCGGGCCUGUGGCUCGGACUAUCUAUUACAUUGCAGCCGAGCUGGUCCGGCUGGUGGGGUCCGUGGACUCCAUGAAGCCCGUGCUGCAGUCCCUCUACCACCGAGUGCUGCUGUACCCCCCACCCCAGCACCGUGUGGAAGCCAUCAAAAUAAUGAAAGAGAUACUCGGGAGCCCACAGCGUCUCUGUGACUUGGCAGGACCCAGCUCCAUUGAAUCAGAGUCCAGAAAAAGAUCAAUUUCAAAAAGAAAGUCUCAUCUGGAUCUCCUCAAACUCAUCAUGGAUGGCAUGACCGAAGCAUGCAUCAAGGGUGGCAUCGAAGCUUGCUAUGCAGCCGUGUCCUGUGUCUGCACCUUGCUGGGUGCCCUGGAUGAGCUCAGCCAGGGGAAGGGCUUGAGCGAAGGUCAGGUGCAACUGCUGCUUCUGCGCCUUGAGGAGCUGAAGGAUGGGGCUGAGUGGAGCCGAGAUUCCAUGGAGAUCAAUGAGGCUGACUUCCGCUGGCAGCGGCGAGUGCUGUCCUCGGAACACACGCCGUGGGAGUCAGGGAACGAGAGGAACCUUGACAUCAGCAUCAGUGUCACCACAGACACAGGCCAGACCACUCUCGAGGGAGAGUUGGGUCAGACUACACCUGAGGACCACUCGGGAAACCACAAGAACAGUCUCAAGUCGCCAGCCAUCCCGGAGGGCAAGGAGACGCUGAGCAAAGUAUUGGAAACAGAGGCAGUAGACCAGCCAGAUGUCGUGCAGAGAAGCCACACAGUCCCUUACCCUGACAUAACUAACUUCCUGUCAGUAGACUGCAGGACAAGGUCCUAUGGAUCUAGGUAUAGUGAGAGCAAUUUUAGUGUUGAUGACCAAGACCUUUCUAGGACAGAAUUUGAUUCCUGUGAUCAGUACUCAAUGGCAGCAGAAAAGGACUCGGGCAGGUCCGACGUGUCAGACAUUGGGUCGGACAACUGUUCUCUAGCCGAUGAAGAGCAGACCCCCCGGGACUGCCUAGGCCACCGGUCCCUGCGAGCUGCCGCCCUGUCUCUAAAACUGCUGAAGAACCAGGAGGCGGAUCAGCACAGCGCCAGGCUGUUCAUACAGUCCCUGGAAGGCCUCCUCCCUCGGCUCCUGGCUCUCUCCAGUGUGGAGGAGGUGGACACUGCUCUGCAGAACUUUGCCUCUACUUUCUGCUCAGGCAUGAUGCACUCUCCUGGCUUUGAUGGGAAUAGCAGCCUCAGCUUCCAGAUGCUGAUGAACGCAGACAGCCUCUACACAGCUGCACACUGCGCCCUGCUCCUCAACCUGAAGCUCUCCCAUGGUGACUACUACAGGAAGCGGCCGACCCUGGCGCCAGGCGUGAUGAAGGACUUCAUGAAGCAGGUGCAGACCAGCGGCGUGCUGAUGGUCUUCUCCCAGGCCUGGAUUGAGGAGCUCUACCAUCAGGUGCUCGACAGGAACAUGCUUGGAGAGGCUGGCUAUUGGGGCAGCCCGGAAGAUAACAGCCUUCCCCUGAUCACAAUGCUGACCGAUAUUGAUGGCUUAGAGAGUAGUGCCAUUGGUGGCCAGCUGAUGGCCUCAGCUGCUACAGAGUCUCCUUUUGCCCAGAGCAGGAGAAUCGAUGACUCCACAGUGGCAGGUGUGGCAUUUGCUCGCUAUAUUCUGGUGGGCUGCUGGAAGAACUUGAUCGAUACUUUAUCAACCCCACUGACUGGUCGAAUGGCAGGGAGCUCCAAAGGGCUGGCCUUCAUUCUGGGAGCUGAAGGCAUCAAAGAGCAGAACCAGAAGGAACGGGACGCCAUCUGCAUGAGCCUCGAUGGGCUGCGGAAAGCCGCACGGCUGAGCUGCGCUCUAGGGGUUGCUGCUAACUGCGCCUCGGCUCUUGCCCAGAUGGCAGCUGCCUCCUGUGUCCAAGAAGAAAAAGAAGAGAGGGAGGCCCAAGAACCUAGUGAUGCCAUCACACAAGUGAAACUAAAAGUGGAGCAGAAACUGGAGCAGAUUGGGAAGGUGCAGGGGGUGUGGCUGCACACUGCCCACGUCUUGUGCAUGGAGGCCAUCCUCAGCGUAGGCCUGGAGAUGGGAAGCCACAACCCGGACUGCUGGCCACACGUGUUCAGGGUGUGUGAGUACGUGGGCACCCUGGAGCACAACCACUUCAGCGAUGGCGCCUUGCAGCCCCCUCUGACCAUCAGCCAGCCCCAGAAGGCCACUGGGAGCGCUGGCCUCCUUGGGGACCCCGAGUGUGAGGGCUCGCCCACGGAGCAGAGCCCGGAGCAGGGGCGCUCCCUGAGCACGGCCCCCGUCGUCCAGCCCCUGUCCAUCCAGGACCUCGUCCGGGAAGGCAGCCGGGGCCGGGCCUCGGACUUCCGCGGCGGGAGCCUCAUGAGCGGGAGCAGCGCCGCCAAGGUGGUGCUCACCCUCUCCACGCAGGCCGACAGGCUCUUUGAAGAUGCUACGGAUAAGUUGAACCUCAUGGCCCUGGGAGGCUUUCUUUACCAGCUGAAGAAAGCAUCGCAGUCUCAGCUUUUUCAUUCCGUCACGGAUACAGUUGAUUACUCUCUGGCAAUGCCAGGAGAGGUUAAAUCCACUCAAGACCGAAAAAGCGCCCUCCACCUGUUCCGCCUGGGGGAUGCCAUGCUGAGGAUUGUGCGGAGCAAAGCACGGCCCCUGCUGCACGUGAUGCGCUGCUGGAGCCUAGUGGCCCCACACCUGGUGGAGGCUGCUUGCCAUAAGGAAAGACAUGUGUCUCAGAAGGCUGUUUCCUUCAUCCAUGACAUACUGACAGAGGUCCUCACUGACUGGAAUGAGCCACCUCAUUUUCACUUCAAUGAAGCACUCUUCCGACCUUUCGAGCGCAUUAUGCAGCUGGAGUUGUGUGAUGAGGACGUCCAAGACCAGGUUGUGACAUCCAUUGGUGAGCUGGUUGAAGUGUGUUCCACGCAGAUCCAGUCCGGAUGGAGACCCUUGUUCAGCGCUCUGGAAACAGUGCACGGCGGGAACAAGUCGGAGGUGAAGGAGUACCUGGUUGGUGACUACUCCAUGGGAAAAGGCCAAGCUCCAGUGUUUGAUGUAUUUGAAGCUUUUCUCAAUACCGACAACAUCCAGGUCUUUGCUAAUGCAGCCACAAGCUACAUCAUGUGCCUUAUGAAGUUUGUCAAAGGACUGGGGGAAGUGGACUGUAAAGAGAUUGGAGACUGUGCCCCGGCACCUGGAGCCCCGUCCACAGACCUGUGCCUCCCAGCCCUGGAUUACCUCAGGCGCUGCUCUCAGUUAUUGGCCAAAAUCUACAAAAUGCCCUUGAAGCCAAUAUUCCUUAGUGGGAGACUUGCCAGCUUGCCUCGAAGGCUUCAGGAACAGUCAGCCAGCAGUGAGGAUGGAAUUGAAUCAGUCCUGUCUGAUUUUGAUGAUGACACCGGUCUGAUAGAAGUCUGGAUAAUCCUGCUGGAGCAGCUGACAGCGGCUGUGUCCAAUUGUCCACGGCAGCACCAACCACCAACUUUGGAUUUACUCUUUGAGCUACUGAGAGAUGUGACCAAAACACCAGGACCAGGGUUUGGCAUCUAUGCAGUGGUUCACCUCCUGCUUCCUGUGAUGUCCCUUUGGCUCCGCCGUAGCCAUAAAGACCAUUCCUACUGGGAUGUGGCCUCUGCCAAUUUCAAGCAUGCUAUUGGUCUGUCCUGUGAGCUGGUGGUGGAGCACAUUCAAAGCUUUCUACAUUCAGACAUCAGGUACGAGAGCAUGAUCAAUACCAUGCUGAAAGACCUCUUCGAGCUGCUGGUCGCCUGUGUGGCCAAGCCCACUGAAACCAUCUCCAGAGUGGGCUGCUCCUGUAUUAGAUACGUCCUUGUGACAGCAGGCCCUGUGUUCACUGAGGAGAUGUGGAGGCUUGCCUGCUGUGCCCUGCAAGAUGCGUUCUCUGCCACACUCAAGCCAGUGAAGGACCUGCUGGGCUGCUUCCACAGCGGCACAGAGAGCUUCAGCGGGGAAGGCUGCCAGGUGCGGGUGGCGGCCCCAUCCUCCUCCCCAAGUGCCGAGGCCGAGUACUGGCGCAUCCGAGCCAUGGCCCAGCAGGUGUUUAUGCUGGACACCCAGUGCUCACCAAAGACACCAAACAACUUUGACCAUGCUCAGUCCUGCCAGCUCAUUAUUGAGCUGCCUCCUGAUGAAAAACCAAAUGGACACACCAAGAAAAGCGUGUCUUUCAGGGAAAUUGUGGUGAGCCUGCUGUCCCAUCAGGUGUUACUCCAGAACUUAUAUGACAUCUUGUUAGAAGAGUUUGUCAAAGGCCCCUCUCCUGGAGAGGAAAAGACGAUCCAAGUGCCAGAAGCCAAGCUGGCUGGCUUCCUCAGAUACAUCUCCAUGCAGAACUUGGCAGUCAUAUUCGACCUGCUGCUGGACUCUUACAGGACUGCCAGGGAGUUUGACACCAGCCCCGGGCUGAAGUGCCUGCUGAAGAAAGUGUCUGGCAUCGGGGGCGCCGCCAACCUCUACCGUCAGUCUGCGAUGAGCUUUAACAUUUAUUUCCACGCCCUGGUGUGUGCUGUUCUCACCAAUCAAGAAACCAUCACGGCCGAGCAAGUGAAGAAGGUCCUUUUUGAGGACGACGAGAGAAGCACAGAUUCUUCCCAGCAGUGUUCAUCGGAGGAUGAAGACAUCUUUGAGGAAACCGCCCAGGUCAGCCCCCCGAGAGGCAAGGAGAAGAGACAGUGGCGGGCACGGAUGCCCUUGCUCAGCGUCCAGCCUGUCAGCAACGCAGAUUGGGUGUGGCUGGUCAAGAGGCUGCACAAGCUGUGCAUGGAACUGUGCAACAACUACAUCCAGAUGCACUUGGACCUGGAGAACUGUUUGGAGGAGCCUCCCAUCUUCAAGGGCGACCCAUUCUUCAUCCUGCCCUCCUUCCAGUCCGAGUCAUCCACCCCAUCCACGGGGGGCUUCUCUGGGAAAGAAACCCCUUCCGAGGACGACAGAAGCCAGUGCCGGGAGCACACGGGCGAGUCCCUGAGCCUGAAGACCGCUGGUGGGGACCUGCUGCUGCUGCCCCCCAGCCCCAAAGUAGAGAAGAAGGAUCCCAGCCGGAAGAAGGAGUGGUGGGAGAAUGCAGGCAACAAAAUCUACACCAUGGCGGCCGACAAGACCAUUUCAAAGUUGAUGACCGAAUACAAAAAGAGGAAACAGCAGCACAACCUGGCCGCGUUCCCCAAAGAGGUCAAAGUGGAGAAGAAAGGAGAGCCACUGGGUCCCAGGGGCCAGGACUCCCCACUGCUUCAGCGUCCCCAGCACUUGAUGGACCAAGGGCAAAUGCGGCAUUCCUUCAGCGCAGGCCCCGAGCUGCUGCGACAGGACAAGAGGCCCCGCUCAGGCUCCACCGGCAGCUCCCUUAGUGUCUCGGUGAGAGACGCAGAAGCACAGAUCCAGGCAUGGACCAACAUGGUGCUAACAGUUCUCAAUCAGAUUCAGAUUCUCCCAGACCAGACCUUUACGGCCCUCCAACCCGCAGUGUUCCCGUGCAUCAGUCAGCUGACCUGUCACGUGACUGACAUCAGAGUUCGCCAGGCUGUGAGGGAGUGGCUGGGCAGGGUGGGCCGUGUCUAUGACAUCAUUGUGUAGACAUCAUUGUGUAGCAGACUCCUAUUCCACUCCGCCACCAAACAGCAGUAGUGAGGGUUAGAGUCUGCCUGCCUAUCCAACUGUUGCGUUUUCCCCACCACCAGCCCCACUUAAACUAGUGUCUCAGAGAACAAUGUUUCCUAAUGUAAAAAGCCUUUCCAACCACUGAUCAGCAUUGGGGCCAUGCUAAGGUUUGUAUCUAGAUGACACAAACGAUAUUCUGAUUUUGCACAUUAUUAUAGAAGAAUCUAUAAUCCUUGAUAUGUUUCUAACUCUUGAAGUAUAUUUCCCAGUGCUUUUGCUUACAGCAUUGUCCCCAAAUGGGUCAUUUUCAAGGGUUACUCAUUUGAAAACACUAUAUUGAUCUAUCAUCUUAAAAAUAAAUAUAAUUCCUAAGGCAAUAUCUGCUGGUAAAUCAAGCUGAUAUGUAAACUCAGACAUCUAGUACCAGGGAUUAUUAACUGGAGGAAGAUUUAUGAUUAUGGGUUUGGCUGGGAAGAAGACAACUAUAAAAACAUAUUCUUGGGUGUCAUAAUCAAGAAAGAGGUGACUUCUGUUGUAAAAUAAUCCAGAACACUUCAAAAUUAUUCCUAAAUAAGAUUUUCAGCUAUUCACCAAUUUCCCCAUAUAAGGUACUGUUGUGCCUUGAUUUCUGUAUGAUUUCUGUAUGUCUAAAAGAAGAAAGUUCUUUCCUAGCAGGGUUUGAAGUCUGUGGCUUGUCAGCCUGUGACACAGAGUACCCAGUGAAAGUGGCUGAUACAUAGAUCGUCGAGAGACAUGAGACCGACCAGCCACCCUGGCUGUUCUCGUGGUGUUUGCUUCCGUCCCCAAGGCAAACAAGGAAAGGAAAGAAAAAAUGGUGCCUUAGUCUUUUGUUGCACUUACAUUUCCAUGCCCCACAAUUAUCUGAACGUAAGGUAUAACAUUUGGUUUUUAAGACAACAAAACAGUAAAACACAACUCAUUUUAUAUCAACACACUUGGAGGAAAGGGACUCAGGAAGGGAGCAGGGAGUGUGGGGUAGGGAUGGAUUAUGAUGAAAUCAUUUUCAAUCUUAAAAUAUAACACAACAAUCUUGCAAAAUUAUGGUGUCAGUUACACAAGCGCAAGUCUCAUAAAAUGAAGGCAAUGGAGAAAGACACUGAAAUUUAGAAAAUUUUGUCUAUUUAAAAUAUUUCUCCUAUCUAGCAAGUAAAGUUACCCUACGUUUGAUGUCUUUUCAUUCAGACCAAUAUUUCAGGUGGAUAUUUCUAAGUACUGAAAGCUUUAUCUUAUUAUUUACAGUAUUUUUACAUUAUCCUAAUGAUUGAAAACUCCUCAAUCAAGCUUACUUACACACAUUCUACAGAGCAGAGUUAGUUGUUAAGGCAUACAUUAUAAUUUCUCAGCUCUAUUCGUAAUGAAUAAGUCACCCUUUAAAUAAAAGACAAAUUCUGCAGUCUUGAAACACGGAUUUAAAAGGGUAUUUGCAAACUUUGCCCUCCUUGAGAAACAUGGAACUAACUUAGAGGUUAAGAGGAAGGCAGUGUUGUGACUUCUUCAGGUGAUCUGAAAGAAAGACCCUUAUCAUUCUGUGUGCCAUCUAGAGAUCACCACAGAAUCCAUUUUUUUCCCAGUUCCACAGAACACUCUGUUUGCCUUCAUUUUUCACUCACUAGACAAUAAUUCAAGUUUAGAAACAGGUAAUCAGCUAUUUGAUCUUAAAAGGCAAUGAAUUGUUGGGAUAUCAGUGAACUAUGUUGUAUACUUUUGAAUUUUUAUACUUUAUAAAUGGAAUUGAAAGUUGGAUAACUGCUUUUUUUUUUUUAUUUUCCAACAGAAGUAACACCACAGUUGUUUUGUUUCUUUUUAUAGCUUACCUGAGGUUCAGUUCUUCUUUGUGAACCUGUGAGUACUCCACAGUUUACUGGGGGAAAAGGCCUCAGUAAAGCAGAGGCCAGAAUUACAGUAUUUAUACAUAGCAACUUUUCAUAAAGUAGAAAAAUUCAAAGGAAGCUGUCUCAAUUUGUGAAUACCGGCUGGGCGCAGUGGCUCAUGCCUGUAAUCCCAACACUCUGGGAGGCCGAGGUGGGCGGAUCACAUGCGGUCAGGAGUUUGAGACCAGCCUGGACAACAUGGUGAAACCCCGUCUCUACCAAAUAUGCAAAAAUUAGCUAGGUGUGGUAGCAUGCACCUGUAAUCCCAGCUACUCAGGAGGCUGAGACAGGAGAAUCGCUUGAACCCAGGAGGCGGAGGUUGCAGUGAGCCGAGAUUGUGCCAUUGCACUCCAGCCUGGGCGACAAGAGUGAAACUCCAUCUAAAAAAA